AUUGCAUAUAAAGUCAGACAUUACAUUCCGCUUCUUAAUUCAAUCUUGUACUCUUCGUACCAGAUAGAUCUUUCGUGAAUACCAAACUUAAAUUAUCACAAAUCAGGAAUGUUAACAACGGCUACAGUGGUGUGCUGCUUAUGUUCUGUUGCACUGGGCGUUGUAAUCAGCAGGGACAAUCCGUUCGGUCUCUGCAAAGUUCCUGUACCGGAUGCUCAAAACAUGUGCGGCAUAGCGGGGGUUUGGCGAAACCAGCUCCAGUCCGUCAUGAAAUUCACCUGCGUCGGCGGACAUAUCGACGGCAAAUAUUUCACGGCGGUCGGCAACGCCGACGGAUUCUAUGAACUUUCGGGUAAAUACUUGAAGCCCGACAACAACACGACAAUCGUUGGCUGGGUUGUUGCCUUUAGCAACGACUUGUACGGAAAUUCCAACUCCACGACCGCAUGGUCCGGGAUCCAUUACGCUGACAACGGUACUUUGUACACCCACUGGCUGCUGACUCGUUUUCAACCAAGACCCAAUCUCUGGAUGUCAACGACGGUAAACCAUGAUGACUUUGAGAGGGUUUGCUGAUGAAAAGGAGCGUCUGCGAAAGAGACCGUGCAUUGAAUUUUAAUAUGCGACGACAGUCAAUCACGGUGACUUAAAGAUUUGCUUAUUUAACAAUAACUGCUAAACGUACAAAACAAUGUAUGCUUUAAUUUGCCUUACGGUUCAAGACGAUCGUUUGAUUAAACUUUUAAUAGUGAUAAAUGCAUUGAAAAUGAACAUGUACUUGUACAAAAUGGUAUUUAGUUGUAUACUGAAGCUCACGUCCAUCGUCUUUUGCAAAUGUUUAAAUGAUUAAAUCAAUUUUGUCACAUGAAAAACUAUAAUCCAAAAUAUCACACAGUGCACGUAUUC